UCUUCUGGUGAAGGUGCAAAUUUCUAUUAAAAACUUUUUUCGUCUUCAAACCAAAAGAAAAACUCUCACAAAUUAUUUUGUUUGUUUUAUCAUUCAUUGUCUGGGUCUCACUAAUAAAUCAAAUGAUGAAAAUGAUAUUUGUGGUGACCAUUUGUUUAUUACUAUUAGCUGAUCGUGGUUUGGCUGAGCACUUUCGGGGUCAGGAUGAUAUUCACUCGAAAGUGGACGGGAUAAUACCAAAUGAUGGUGUGGCUUUGAAAGUUCAAAUUAACUCAUCAAUUCCAAUAGAGAUUUCCAAUGAAAAUGCAACUGGCUUAACGGAUGCACGGAUCGCAAUGGUGAAAACUCACAUUUUAUCUGAAGAAGAGGCACUAGACUACGAAGAAAUCGAUAUUGAGCCAAAUGUUCGUCAAGCAUUUGCAAAGCAAAUCGGUUUACCUAGUGUACCAAGUAAUCCAGUUGGUCUUUUGGUCAGUCGACUACCAUGCACAUGCCAAUCUGGUGUUUGUGGUUGCUGCACUGGGGUUCUUUUAUCGGCAUUUCGGACGAAGGGAUGCAUGAAUAUCACGUACAUUCCGGAAGAGUUUGCUUUCGAAGUUAAAAUGAUGAUGAACGAUGCGGUUCUGUAUAAAACCAGAAUGUCGGGUAGGAAUCCGAGACCGAUUUGUGUAACACCACCACGCAUUGGAUUGAUUGAGAUUUGUGCCGUGUUUCACGAUAUUUAUUUUGUUGGUCGUAAUAUGCAUGUGUGCCUUAAUAUGGAAGCCAAUUUUCAAGGAUACGAAUUAUUCGAUAGAUCGUUUGAUUGCAUGCGAAUCGGUGAUCAAGGGGUAAAAAUUGUAAAGCCCGAAGAUGGUGCAGGUCUGCCGGGAAUAGCUAAUGGAAACGAUGCAAUAGUUGACGCUGGUAACGAUGACAUUGAAGAUUACGAUGAAAAUCUCGUUCGAAAAGUGGGGUAAAUGAGUGAAUUUGUUGAACAGCGG